AUGGUGCCCAUGGCAUGGAAUACGCCUCGCUUCAGUUUGCAUCCAGGUGGCUAUAAGUUGCCUGCCGGCAGUCCCAUCCAGACGCCGCGCAGCUGCUAUGCAACAAGCUCCACCUGCUCGGUACGGGUCGUCCCGGCACCUGUGAAGCAUGGGUGUAGCCACAUUCUUUCGCUUCCUCCAAGUGGAGUCUCUUCCCCUGCCAAUUACGGGGCGUAUUCUGCCUAUUCCGCGUCGACGGCAUUCCCCACUCCCGCCUCCUCCAGCAGCUCGUCCAUGUGGUCUCAGCCCUCGAAGGCCAAGGUUGGCAGGCCCUUUGACAUGCCUCGCGCAUCAGUCAGGGCAAGGUGUGCUGCAUGGGAGGAUGCCAAGCCGAGAGCGCAACGAGCUCAGAACCAGAAGACUGAAGGAUCUGCAGAGGGCCUCUCACGGCCUCGCUCUCGGCCAGCCACCCCGAAGCCAGGGAAAGUGGAGGCCUCUGCUGUCAAAGUGCCAAAAGAGGCUGUGAACUUCAGGAUACCAGUGAAGGCCAGGAAGGACCCCAGAAGAUCUUUGUCAUCCCUCAGGGGAAGUGAGUCUCAGAGUUCGUCUCGGAAUGGGUCGAAGGAACUCCUGUGGUCUCUAUCAGCCAGCUCCCUGCUGUCCUCCGCAGGCUGCCAAACCCCCCUGCCGCGCGUGCUGGAGGAGAGGGAUGGUGAUGCUGCAGACGACCAGGAGGGAAGCCUUUCUUCGGUCAUUCGGCAGAUGGAGGACUCCAUCCAGGGCCUGUUCCGGCGUCGGCCUUCCGCUGCGAAGCCGCAGAGCUUCGUGAGGCCCCCACAGGAGUCUGAAUCUCGGAAAUCCUCAGAGGUUGCAAGUGGAGGCCGUUGGCCUGGGCUGUGGGAGAUCUAUGCAGAUUGGUGCAUGCAUUUCCGCCUCACCAGUCGCUUGAGCACCGCGUCGCUUGCCAAUGUUUGGCGCCUUCCUUCCAGGCCUAGCCCCGGAACGGGCCAUGGAGAGGGCAGGCGGGAGAUGCGCUGGUGGCACGUGGCCGCGAUGUUGGCGCGAUCCAUGGAGCUGACGUCGAGGCAUGUGGCGCUGCAAGCCUCGAACGGUGGGGGCCUGGGCAAGGCGAUGGGCCAGCGCUCAGCCAGGCAGUCCCCACCAAGAUGUCAAGGUGGGCAUUUGCGCAUGGAGGUGCUCCGCCCCGCUGAAGCCUUUGCGCAUGACGCGGAGGGCUUCGUGGGGCAGCUGCUUGUGGCGGAGUGGCUGGUGCUGCUGCGCUACUUCACCGCGUGCGGCUUUGUGCACGAGGCCUUCAGCGCCGCCGCGGCGGCGUGGCUGGGCCAAGGCACGGGCCAGCUGCAGAUGGCACAGCUCCAGGAGCUGGUGGCCGUGCUGGCGCGCUCGGGGCACCUGCAAGGCGAGGCGGUGGUGAACGCGCUGAAGCACUUGCCCACGGAGCCCGAGGAGGAGGUGAUGCUGAGGCUGGCGGCAUGCCUGGCCGCGGCCGAUGCAGGGGAGCGGGACUUCUACCGCAGCGUUAUCUCCAAAGUGGCUGUGCCCAAGACGGAGGAGGGUUCCGACUUGCGAGGGUGGCCUUCUGUGCUGGACGGGCCAGACAGCAGCGAUUUCUGGCGCCUGGCGCUCUUGCUGCUGUUGGCCAAGGCGGAGGUGGUGGUUUGGCCAAAGGUGCUGAGCCUCCUCCGGCGGAUGGACCCCCAGGUGGCCUCUUCCGUGCCAAGUGCCCAGCUGCCACGGCUGCUGCGGCAUUUGCAUUUGGCUGCCCUCGAGAAUGAUGUGAUCCUUCUUGAGGGGCGACCUGUAGCCAAAGAGCUCAUGAAGGCUGUGCAUGUGGAUGAGUGGACGCCAGAAGAGCUGGCUGGUGCAGCGAGUGCUCUGGGAUACCUUGCGGUGGUGGAUGUCAAUGUGGCGGAGGCCAUUCGACGGAAGCUCGCGCAGAGCACGGCAGAGACAACGCCGGAGUCGCAGAGGCAUUUGGUGCAAGCUGCGUGGGCCUCUUGCGUGGCAAGAAGCCUUCAGCCGCAUUGGGAGCCAGGCCUCCCAGAGCUGCGCGAGAUCGGCUCCCCUCCGCCUGCCAACAGGCAGAUGCAGCAGCAGAUCCGGCAAGUGGCUCUCAGCGUGGCGGCAGCAGCCAAUGGCAUUCUCCCUGCGCAAUGUGAUGAAGCGGCAAAGGAAACGGCGUAUGCCUGGCUGGCUGCUGGGCCAGGCAGAGCCUUCCUCACGCCACACAGGUGCAGUGACCAAGUUCGCAUCUCGAAAGCCUUCGCUUCCCGCUUGAGAGAACUUGGUGUGUAUUGCCGCGAGGAGCCGCGUUGGAAAGCUAUGGUAGCUGGCCUAGGCCAUACCUGGGAGGAGGCCCCACGUCGCCCAAAGAUGGCUGCGCAAGGGAGGGGCAGGAAGUCGUCCCAGACCCCCCUCAAGAGGCCCGCCACAGCAUCGAGGGCAGCUCGGGACACUUUUGUCGUGGUUUACACGCCGCCUGCAAAGCUGGGGGGUGAAAAGCAGAAGAAGGCCUUCCGAGUGACUCUUUGGGCAAAGCACCCCCUGCUGGUCCAGGGCCCCAGACCCGACGCCUUGAAUGGCUUUGAGGCACUGGAGUGGUCGCUGGUUGAGAGCGCCAAAGGGAGCGCGGAUCGACUUGAGCACAUCCUUCUCCUCGUUAGGAGCGACUCCACGCCGGAGGGUGCUGCUGCUGCUGCCGAGAAGUUUGCCGGGGAGUAUUUGGGCAUCACUGAAGUGCAGCCAAAGAAGGCACAGGCUGGGGGCUGCUAUUGCCAGCUGAGCCAGCUGAGCCAGCUGAAGCAGAAGUUGGAGACCAUGUCAUCCCAGGAGUCGCAGGCCUCGGAGGAGUCACGAGCAUCCACCCCGGCCAUCCCGCACGACAUGCCCAGCCGCUGGCACUCAGCCAUUCUCGUGGAAGAGCCGAAGCGAGAAGAAGAGAGAGCCUAG